ACGGUCGCAGACGGAGCGCACUUCGCAGCUGCAGACUGCCGUCUCUCGCGCCUUCUAGCCCGGAGCAGUGUGGCCAUGGGUAUCAGAGCGAUGCUGCGAGCCGCCGUGCUCCUGCUACUCAUCAGGACCUGGCUCGCGGAGGGCAACGGCCGCAGUCCUACCCCAAAAUUCCACUUCGAGCUCUCCCCUACCGUGCCCGAAGUCAUCUUGAACCUCUUCAGCUGCAAAAAUUGUGCAAAUGAAGCUGUGGUUCACAAGAUUUUGGACAGGGUGCUGUCGAGAUAUGAUGUCCGUCUGAGGCCAAAUUUUGGAGGUGCCCCUGUGCCCGUGGGAGUAUCUAUCUAUGUCUCCAGUAUUGAACAGAUCUCAGAAAUGACUAUGGACUAUACGAUCACGAUGUUUUUUCAUCAAACCUGGAAAGAUCCACGUUUAGCAUACCAUGAGACCAACCUGAACUUGACCCUGGACUAUCGGAUGCUGGAGAAGUUGUGGGUCCCUGACUGCUACUUUCUAAAUAGCAAGGAUGAUUUUGUGCAUGAUGUGACUGUGGAAAAUCGCGUGUUUCAGCUUCAUCCAGAUGGAACAGUGCGGUAUGGCAUCCGACUUACCACCACAGCAGCUUGUUCCCUGGAUCUGCAAAAAUUCCCUCUGGACAAGCAGACCUGCAAGCUGGAAGUGGAGAGCUAUGGCUACACGGUGGAAGACAUCGUAUUAUACUGGGAAGGCAAUGGGAAUGCCAUCCAAGGGACUGAGAAGCUGCACAUUCCUCAGUUCAGCUUCCUGGGAAAGAUAAUGACUAGCAAAGAGGUGUUUUUCUACACAGGUUCCUAUGUGCGCCUGAUACUGAGGUUCCUGGUCCAGAGGGAAGUCACCAGCUACCUUGUGCAGAUCUAUUGGCCUACUGUUCUCACCACUGUUGUCUCUUGGAUAUCGUUUUGGAUGAACUAUGAAUCUUCUGCAGCCAGGGUGACAGUUGGUCUGACUUCAAUGCUCAUCCUGAAUGCCAUCAACUCACAUCUGCGGGAUAAACUCCCCCAAGUUGCCUGUAUUAAGGCCAUUGACAUCUAUAUGGUCGUAUGCUUCUUCUUCGUGUUCCUGUCCUUGCUGGAGUAUGUCUACAUCAACUAUCUUUUCUACAGCCGAGGAGGAUCCCGGCGCCACCAAAGGCGACACCGGAGAGCCCAAAGAGUCAUGGCCCGCUACCGGGAAGUGAUCCUGCAGGAUGCCCAGGUUAGCAUAGAAGAUGAAAGUGACUCUCUUUCCUCCAGACCAGUGCAGGCCUGCCUGGCAAGCCUAGAAAGCCUCAGCUCUUUGAUCUCCAUCCCAGAGCAGGCGCCACUGGCCACCUCAGAAAGCUUCAGCUCACUAUCUUCUCUCUCAGAGCAGGCCUGGCUGGCCUCUAGAGAAAGCCUGAGUGAUCUCCCCUCCACCUCAGAGCAGGCCCUGCCCAGCUAUGGCAUUCGCUUUAAUGGUUCUGAGAUUGAUGACAGUGUUAUUCCUACUGAAAUCCGCAACCGUGCUGACGCCCACGGCCAUGCUGAUACCCGUGACCCAGAAGACCCUGAAGAGAACACGAGCUCAGAUGAGAGUCAUGGCCAUGGCCCUAGUGGGAGGCAUCUGCUUGUCUAUGGUCACAGGUGUGUGCAGGAAGCAAGCUGCAGCCUUGAUGAGAUCCAUAUUGAGAGCGGCUACCUUGACCUUGAGAAGCAACUCAGGUGUGAUCUUAACAGUACCUGGAGCCUUAAUGUUGAUGAUUUCAUGGGCUUUGACCAAGGCCAGGACAGUAACUCAGAGUCUGAUGACAGUUGCCCCCCGAGUCCUGGGUGCUCCUUCAGUGAAGGGUUCUCCUCCAAGCUCUUUGACCCUGACUAUGUCCCUGAGGUUGACAGGUGGUCCCGGAUCCUCUUCCCUCUUGCCUUUGUGGUGUUCAACAUUGUCUACUGGGCAUUUCAUAUCAAUUAGUCCCAUAGGGCCCCUUUCAUGGUUCCUCUUGAUUCCAUUUUGCCUUCUUUUCUUGGUUCAUUUUAUUUUGUGGUUAUUUGGGCAGUUGAAUUAGUUCUGCCUUUCUCUUUAUAAACAUGAGGUGGGAAGUAGUUGAAAAGGAUGUGUUCUAGCUGGAAGGAAAGGGAUUGAGGAGGACUUGGAGGUAAAUAGCACAUUGAUUUUCCUUUUUUGCUAGAAGACUAUCACCUUUUCAAAGACUUCUAAUAUCUAUGAAGCACAGAAAAGCCCCUGGAAAUGUUUGGAGGACAAAGCCAGGCUGGGAGACAGAGGAAGGAUCCAAGCCCUGCGCAUAAGCAUUUCUGAGGGUUUUGCUGCCCCCGACCAUGUGUUGAAUUUUCUUUUUCAUUACUUUUUUUAUUCUGUUUUUCCCUCCUAAGAAUUUAGUCCUUGCUCACCCCCUGAUUA